AUGUCUAGUCAUUCCGAAGAUACAGGGCAAAAAGUGCAAGAUUUUCAAAAAUUAGAAAGAGAAGCAAGAAUUUGUCGAAAACUUCAACAUCCAAAUAUAGAUUUUCAAAAAUUAGAAAGAGAAGCAAGAAUUUGUCGAAAACUUCAACAUCCAAAUAUAGAUUUUCAAAAAUUAGAAAGAGAAGCAAGAAUUUGUCGAAAACUUCAACAUCCAAAUAUAGUACGACUACAUGACAGCAUUCAAGAGGAAAAUUUUCACUACCUAGUAUUCGAUCUAGUAACCGGUGGAGAACUUUUCGAAGAUAUAGUGGCGCGCGAAUUCUAUUCAGAAGCUGACGCGUCGCACUGCAUUCAGCAAAUAUUGGAGUCAGUCAAUCACUGCCAUCAAAACGGUGUUGUUCAUCGAGAUUUAAAGCCCGAGAAUCUGCUUUUAGCGAGCAAAGCAAAAGGCGCAGCCGUCAAAUUAGCAGAUUUCGGCCUGGCAAUCGAAGUUCAAGGUGAACAACAAGCGUGGUUCGGUUUCGCCGGAACGCCUGGUUAUCUAUCACCAGAAGUGCUCAAGAAGGAACCCUAUGGCAAACCUGUAGACAUUUGGGCUUGCGGGGUUAUACUCUACAUUCUUCUAGUCGGUUACCCACCAUUUUGGGAUGAGGAUCAACAUCGGUUAUAUGCACAAAUCAAAGCAGGAGCUUAUGAUUAUCCAUCGCCUGAAUGGGAUACCGUCACGCCGGAGGCGAAGAAUCUAAUCAACCAGAUGUUGACCGUCAACCCUGGAAAACGCAUCACUGCCGCCGAAGCGCUCAAACACCCAUGGAUUUGCCAAAGAGAAAGAGUUGCAUCAGUCGUCCACAGACAGGAGACGGUGGAUUGCUUGAAGAAAUUCAACGCAAGGCGCAAAUUAAAGGGUGCUAUCCUCACAACGAUGUUGGCUACUAGAAAUUUCUCAAAUUGCGGUCGAAGUAUCAUAACGAAAAAGGGCGAUGGAUCACAAGUUAAGGAAUCCACGGAUUCUAGCACAACUUUAGAAGAUGAUGACGUUAAAGAGGAUAAAAAAGGAGGCGUCGACAGGAGCUCUACUGUCAUUGCUAAAGAUCCCGAAGUGGUUGGCAACCGUCCCUCCGGCGCGGCCGUCGUCCCCUCCAGCAGCGCGGGCGGAACAUGUUUCGGUGCUGCCGUAGCAGCCUUGGCCGCCGUACAGACGCCGACCGCGGCCGUGCCCGCGGCGCCCGCUGCGAUAUCGUUAGGCGAUGCCUUGGUGCGAGGUCUUCAAGGUACCCCCGAGUCGAAAUACGACACAAUAGCGCGGCGCGCUUUUGUCCAGGAUAAAAAAGGAGGCGUCGACAGGAGCUCUACUGUCAUUGCUAAAGAUCCCGAAGAAUUAAGGAUUGUGUGCCCGAGCAAGACUUGUUCCCAACUGUCUACUAAUUCUCAGUGCUCAGCUCGGCGCCAAGAAAUUGUCAAAAUGACGGAGCAACUGAUCGAAGCUAUUAACAACGGUGAUUUCGACGCUUACACCAAAAUCUGUGAUCCUCAUCUGACGGCAUUCGAGCCUGAAGCGCUAGGCAAUUUAGUUGAAGGAAUGGACUUCCACAAAUUCUAUUUCGAGAACGUCCUGGGCAAGAAUUGUAAAGCUGUGAACACGACCAUACUGAAUCCGCAUGUGCACCUCCUGGGCGACGACGCCGCUUGCAUCGCCUAUGUGCGACUGACGCAGUACAUCGAUAAACAAGGGCAAGCGCACAGCCAACAGUCGGAAGAAACGCGAGUGUGGCAUAAACGUGACAGUAAAUGGCAGAACGUGCAUUUUCACCGCAGCGGAACGGGAUCCUCCGGAACGGGACAGUUUGACUAUGCCCAUAAGUAAACUCCGCGAAACAAAUGCUACUUCGAGCGCAGUCGCGGCUGUUCUCCACUAAAAGUGUAUUAAUAAUAAUUAAAAAAUUCUAGUUUAAUGAUAAAUAUAUAAAGAUAUUUUAUCUCUUUGAUAGGAUGACCAUACAAAAAAUAUUUAUGAAUUAACUUCGUACAUAAAAUAUUCCAAUGGAAUUAGAUUGAGAUGAAUGGAUAGAGCAAAAAUAGACGUCAGAACAGAAAAUACACGAGUACGAAAAAGCUUAGUUAGUGUCUCUCUCUGAAGAGAAUGUCACGCGCGUUUUUUAUUCACUUUAGAAUCUGAACGGAGAUAUCGAAACUGCAUUACUAGUCCAAGAAAUAUAGCCAAAAAUUUGUAUUUAUUUGUUUUAUACAUAGAGAAUUUUUGAUCACUGAUCUUUGCCAAUGACCCAGUUAACCAGGCGCAAUUGUGAUCGGGAACUCGAUGUAUUUUAUAUGUGAGUUAAGACUUUUUGAAAUAUAUCAUAUAAAAUAAAGGUCCAAAACGCUUAUUUCUGUGGGCCGCGAGGUUAAAAGUGAGCAAACUGUAAGAGAUUUAAUACGUUACACGGAAAUAACAUAUAUCAAAUUUUUAAUUAAUUGUAACGAUGUAUUAAAUAAGCCAUAUUAACUCGUAGAUGCAAAGACGUAGCUUUUAUUUGCACGCGAUCGAGAUUCAAAGAAAUAUUAUUUUAUAUUAGUAUAUUUUUAUUUAUCAAGUUUAAUCAAAUAUGCCAUAAUGGAUCAGCGUAAUAAAUUUUAUAAUAUUUUUUCUUUUGUAACCAAUAUACAGUUAACUCUUUUGCUACGGCAGUGUUCUCCCUGAUACUGCUGUACAGAAAAGCAAACCGCCCAGCUGUACAUAUUUCCAUAUUUUUCAAUAAUGAUCAAUAAAAAUGUAUUUCAAAUUUAAAAAUUGCACACCUAAAGAACUAAAAAUUACAAUAACAUAUUAGAAUUCCCAAUAACUCAACUUUGAGUGAUAAAUCUUAAAAAAAGGGUUGUCACACUGGAUGUCGUCCAGUAAUAAUAGUUGUGUCCACUCGUACACAAGGUAGUCAUGUGGAUGUUGCCUAAAGGCAAAGCUGGUAGCAAAAGGGUUAGUACGCAAAGUACUCACAAGUUUUACUCAUUUCAUACUUAGAUUUUAUAUGGCAUCGCUUGAUUAAAUCGUUCAUCAUACAUGUAAUUGCUAUACGUAUACCCAUAGUGCCAUAUAUUACGGAUUUUUUUUAUAAAAACCAACACAGUUAAAAAUUGAUUAUUAGUUUUGGCAUGAUUCUCAUACAUUUUCCCAGGAACGAUAAAGUAUUUGGACAUUUAGAUUUGCAUAAUUCAAAAAAUGGACUUUUCAGUGGUUGAAUAUCGUCAGUUUCGUUUCACCGGAACCAGUAUGCGCAAUUAGUGACCAUUCGUCUCUUAGAUAGCUAAAUGAUUCGUAUAUUAUAUACAUACACUUAACUAUAUUGAUAUAUAAUAUAUCAAAAGUAUAAAAAUUGACUUG